CCCCUCCCCCUAUCUGCGUUGGCGUUACGGUACUUUCGGAUCCCUUCUUCUCCGGGCGGCGAUUUCUUUCUUCCCAUCGGCCUUGUUGGUUUGAAAUACAGAGUCCAGGUGCGAGCCAAGUCCCCUCUCUUCGCGACUGAUUGCGUUUCCUUAAAUAUGCAAGGCAGGUAGAGGGCCGGGUGAGAAAUUUUGAGAUUUCGACCCACAGAGGGCGGAAAACCCUUGGAUUUUAGAUUCACUCAAGGCUUCGUCGCGUCAUGGGUAUUUUCAAGUUGAAUCUGCUCCUAAAGCUGCAGCGGCAGCGGCAGCGCCGUCGUCGCCAAAUCCAAGCCCGUAAUGGAUCAGUUUUGAUUCAUCCACGGGAUAAAAUAAACGCUCCAGCCUGUCAAAAUAACACACACUCUUGGAGUGGCCAAGCGAAGUGUUCAGACCCAACGCUUCCGGAGGACAUCUCGUGUCAUAUACAUUCCCUGAUGUCUAUGCGGGAUGCUGCUCGUGUUGCCUGUGUGUCUCGGGCGUUUGCACGUUCCUGGAGAUGCCUUCCCAACCUCGACUUCAGUGAGGAAUCAUUAGGAAUAAAUAGAAGUACAUGCAAAAAAGAUGAGAAACUGGGAGAUUUGACCAGCAAAAUUGAUUGGAUUCUGAAAAAUCACUCAGGCAUUGGCAUAAAGAAACUCAUCAUUCAGGUUGGCAGUGUAUACAGUCGGGACAGUAGUCAUCUUGCUCAUCUCGAUAGUUGGCUUCAGUGUGCUGUUAAACCAGGGAUUGAAGAGCUGAUUGUUAAUCUGUCAUCAAUGAAUGCAAAAUACAAUUUCCCAUGUGAACUUUUAUCUAGUGGAACUGGAGAUUCACUUCGCUAUAUUUAUCUUGCCUCUUGCAACUUCCAUCCCACAGUAAGAAUUGGUUGCUUGAAAAGCUUGACAAGACUACAGCUGUGUAUGGUGAAUAUCACGGAAAACGAGCUAAGGUGCCUUCUUUCCAUUUCAUUGGGUUUGGAGCGGUUGGAACUCAGGCACUGCAGUACGUUAAAAUGCUUGAAAGUACCAUGCCUGCAGCGUCUCAGCUACCUAGAUGUUAUGACUUGCACCGGGCUGCAAGUUAUAGAGAGCAAAGCUCCAAAUCUCUCCAGUAUUCGCUUUGAAGGUGACCUCUAUGUACAAUUGUCACUUGGUGAACCACUGCAAAUUAAGCAAUUGUACAGGUUAUGUAAUGAUGCUGCCUUUUAUGCUCGUACUGAGCUGCCAUCCAGCAUGCCAAAUCUUGAAAGGCUUAUUAUACAUUCUGACACUGAGAUGGUCAAUACACCAAUGGUGCCUAGCAAAUUCUAUCACCUCAAGUACUUGAGUAUUGCCCUUGGUGGACAGACCUAUGAUUACCUUUCUCUGGUUUCCUUUUUUGAUGCUUCUCCUUUCUUGGAGACUUUUAUCUUGAAUGCACUCCGAGAACGCACGGAACGUGCCACAAUUUUUGGGGAUCCUUCAGGUCUGAGGAUGAUGCCAGAGCACCGUCAUGACAAACUCAAGUGUGUGAAGAUAAUCAAUUUCUCUUCUGUGAAGACUUUGGUUGAGUUAACAUGUCACAUUGUUGAAUCAGCGACAGCACUCGAAUGUCUUACGUUGGACACAACGUCAGGUUCGCCUAGAUGUUCUGUGAACAGACUUGGUAAAUGCUUCUUGAUGCGCAGAGAGACACUCAUGGAAGCCCACAGAGCACUCAAGGCUGUUCAAACAUACAUCGAGCUCAAAGUUCCCUCCAAAGUUGAGUUAAACGUCUUGGAGCCUUGCAGCCGGUGCCAUGCUCUUGACCUUUAGAUGUCAAAUAUGUGCGUGUGGUUGUUCUUAAUAACCAGUAUUGCAACUGUCAGUUACAAGUGUUGUUUUAUUAAACGUACAUUUGCCCCGAAACUAUCAGGCUAUCAGCCCUGUUUACUGUUGAGGUUUGUAAUGACAUGGAUGUGGUAAUGUUUCAUUCUGUUAUUUCUCUUGAGACUUAUGAUUCUUUA